AUGCCCCCCCGCUCCAACGACAGAAUACCACCCCCCAGAAACCCCCCCAGUACCUACAACGCCUUCUACACCUCCCUCCCCCCCAGCACCCCCAACCCCUUCUACACCUCCAACAACGCACUCAACACAACCGACCUCCCCCCCCAAACAUCCCACUCUGACCGCAACUCCCUCCCACGCCCUAGCUACAGAACAGGACGCGUCGAUCCAAAUUUCGACGCCGCACGUAUCGGACUUGAUCUUGGCUCGCAACUCGAAGCGGAGUUACAGGCUGGGAGAGAGGCUGGAAGAGAGGCUGGAAGAGAGCAGAUCGAGAGAAAUUAUAGGGAGGGACUGGAUCGGGCGUUUAACGGACGAGAGGAGCAGGUUCAAUAUCCAUUCGGCGGACAGUGGGAGACUCAGUCGCUUUUCGGAGGAGGGGAGCCGGUUCAGCAAUCAUACGGUGCACAGUGGCAGGCUCAGCAACCGUACGGCGAACAGUGGCAGGCUCAGAUGCCAUACUUUGGAGAGUGGCAGGAUCAGCAACCAUACGGCGGACAGUGGCAGGCUCAGCCGCCACACAUUGGAGUGUCGCUAGCUCAGCCGCCAUACGUUGGAGAGUCGCUGGCCCAGCAGUCCUACGUCGAAGAAACGGUUGCGCCCCCUGCUGCGUAUGACAGUGUGCAAGAUAGGCAAGGAUAUCUACUGACUGACCCUGCCGCAGCUGCAGCAGCUGUUACGACUGAGGCUUUAAGUUCCUCAAAUCCCCAACCACAGGCGCCACACCAAGGGUCUACAAGGCGGCUGCGCGACUUACCGUUCCACCCUGAUAACCCCAAACCAAGCAGACUAUCUGCUAGGGCUCGUCCCUUCCAAAGCCUGCGGAAACUGGCCCCAAAAGAAGCAGUGUCACUUCAGGACCUCGACACCGAACAAGACGGAAUAUAUCAGGACCUCGACGCCGAACAAGACGGAAUAUAUCAGGACCUCGACGCCGAACAAGACGGAAUAUAUCAGGACCUCGCCGCCGAACAAGACGGAAUAUAUGACAUGGCGCCUCCCUCCUGGAAUGUGGUCCCACAAGUGGGAGCGCCGCUCCAGGACCUCCCUGCCGGACAAGUCGGAGGAUUUAACAUGGUGCCUAUCCCUACCCCCCAGGAAGUUGACCUAAACCUCGUAGCGCAGCUCCAAGAUCUCACCUACCAACCAGGAGGAAUACCUGACAUAUUACCUGCAGGCUUAACCCAGAUGCCGGGCUUGGAUCCGAGGUUUCUGCUUGGACCAGAUGGACGACCUCCUGUCUUGCCGCCUCCACCCUCGGAACCGCUGCCGGAUUUGGCAACGCAGUUUCGGAACGCGUUCGCCCAGUUGGAGGUUGGUAAUGCGGCGGCGGCGGCUGCUGGGCCGGUAGAGCCCGUUGUUCCUGCUGCCCCGAAGAAGUUGGUCGUGGUUUGUUGUCUGGCGACGUGGGUAGGGGCGAAGGAUACGGAGGAUAAGUGGAUUGGCAUGCCGGCGCAGGGGACGAGGAAGGGGUGGGGGAUGGAUAUGGCGAAUCCGCAGGAGAGGGAAUGUUGGAAGAAACACAUUUGGAAGGGGUUGGAGGUUUUGAAGGAGAUGGAUGGGGAGGGGGUGUUGAUGUUUUCGGGGGGCCCGUGGUACGAUAAUAGUAGAAUCUCAGCGGCAGAAUCAUACCAGGAUUUCGCCAGAGCUUCAAACUACUGGGGCCACCUCAGGGGCGACAAGUACAAAGAUUACCCCUCCCGCAUCAUCACCGAGGACCGUGCUAUGGAUUCCCUCCAGAACGUCAUGUUCUCCCUCAUCGAGUUCAAUAUCCGUUACAAGAACUUCCCUGAGGAAAUGACGGUCAUCAGCUACGAGCUCAAGCGCGAGCGCUUUGAGAAUAUUCACUUCAAGACGGCCAAGGAGAUUCUGUUCCCGACACCACAGGAAGAUAUCGAUGUCUCGUGGCAGGGAAUCCCCACAUUUAUCGGCAUCGACCCGCGAGAUCUAUCGGAUAAUUUCGGACCCGAGAAGGGAAUCGCUAUCGCUGAGCUGGAGACGCAGGUGAGGGAUCUCUGGAGGGAGUCGCCGUAUGGCCUCUCGCGGGAGUUGAUGAGCAGGAAGGAGGAGAGAAAUAGGUUGGUGAUCGAUCUCCAUUAUCAGCUUGUUUUUGCGGGGGGGGCGGAGCUGGUUGCGGCGCUGGAGAAGAAUGCUAAGGCGGCUCCUCCGAUUGAGGAGGUUAUUGAUAUGAGUGUGAAUUGA